UCCCUUCCACAUGGUGUUCCGGUCGCCUCUCGACUUGUUCUCGGCCUCCCGCCUGCUGCUGGCCCCCCCGCCGGCUUCGGACGUCCCACCUCCCGGACUAUGCUUCUCGGCGUCGCAGAUCGCCGGCGUGUGCGAGACGCUGGAGGAGUCUGGCGACGUGGAGCGCCUGGCGCGCUUUCUGUGGUCGUUGCCGGUGACCGCGGACGGGCGCGACUCCAUCUCGGAGCACGAGUCGGUGCGCCGCGCGCGCGCCGUGGUGGCCUACCACAGCGGCAGCUUCCGCGAGCUCUACCGUAUCGUGGAGACGCACCGCUUCACGCGCGCCUCGCACGGCAAGUUGCAGGCCAUGUGGCUGGAGGCGCACUACCGCGAGGCGGAGAAGUUGCGCGGUCGGCCCUUGGGCCCCGUUGACAAGUACCGCGUGCGCAAGAAGUUCCCGCUGCCACGCACCAUUUGGGACGGCGAACAGAAAACGCACUGCUUCAAGGAGCGAACGCGCGGGCUGCUGCGCGAGUGGUACCUGCGGGAUCCCUACCCGAACCCCGGAAAGAAGCGGGAGCUGGCGCAUGCCACCGGGCUCACCCCCACGCAGGUGGGCAACUGGUUCAAGAACCGGAGGCAGAGGGACCGAGCCGCCGCUGCCAAGAACAGGUUGCAGCACCACCGUUUGUGUUCUGAGGGCACGCACCAUCCACUGGGCGGCGGGGGGGCUUGCAGUCCGGACGUUGAUGCAGAGCGAGCCCACGAACAGACGCUCCUCUCUGUAACAGACAGUGAAUCGGACCUGGAGGUCUGACUCUUGAUUAAUAACUCAUUAGCUGCCAUUGACAGCGAUAGACGUCCAGUUCUUUUGGAUUUAUAGCUCAGAUUAGACGUCAAUCUCUAUCAAUGGCAAAGAAAUGGACUGGAUUGCAAAAAUAAACCCCUGUGGUGGUCCCAAGGCACAAGUAAGCAAUCAACCUCCCUGGAUCCUCACACUUAGCUAUGCAAUUUGACUCCUCCCCUACGUGUUUAAUCCCAACCUAACACUCAUGUGUCCGCAUCUCCUGGCUGUCCAAUUCUUUCGACAAUCACGAAAAAGCCACUCCGUGUUUUUAUUAAAUUGAAAGUUGACCUCCAUUUGGACAUUGUGUGAUAUUGUGUACUUCAAAGCAAAUGUUUUUUAUAUAUACAAUAUAUAAAUAAAAAUAUUGAAUGUA